AUGCAUUUUAAAACUGUAAGGCUUACGGUGUUACGUAACGAGAUAAAGGCCUUAGUUGCAAAUGUAGUUGAGAAAGAAAAUAUUUCUGAUCCAUAUCUUAGAUGGGGUAUGGAUAGAGAAGACGUUGAUGACAAUGUUUUGAAUGUGCUGGAAAUGCUUCAACCACACAAAAACCUUCGAGCACUGAUGAUUCAUUAUUUUGUAGGUGAACUUCUACCCAAUGGUAUUUUUGUUGAAAACUUUGUUGAACUACGUCUUUCUAAUUGCUACAAAUAUGAAACUUUAUCGAUGUUGGGACAUUUUUCCAAACUUGAGGUUCUUAAAAUUGAUGGGUUAAGAGCUCUAAAAAUUAUUAGAGAGGAAUUUUAUGGGAAUUAUCAUGAUGGUAGAACUUUAUUUCCUAAACGGAAAACAUUUCAUAUUUCAAACAUGAUCCGUUUCGAGCAAUGGAAAGAAGUUGCCACUGUGACGAAUUGUACAACUUUUCCUCAUCUCGAAAGCUUAAUCAUUGAUUCUUGUUUGAGACUAAUAAGUAUUCCAAACAUUUUUGCAACUCAUAGCCAGAGGUUGAAAACUAACACGGUUAAUGCAAGGUUAUUUUCAAGCUUUCAAAGUCCUCCAAAGUUUCAAUUUCUACACAUUGAAUGUUGUAUAAGUUUGGUAAUGCUACCAAACUGGUUAGAGUUUUAUAGCUCACUCGAAGAUUUGUGGAUCUACUCUCGAAAUUAUAUUUCCUCUCCAGCUUUGCAAAAUAUCUCAAACUUGUCUUCAUUAAGACUCGAUAACUUCAAUAACUUUCAAGAAGGGCUUGGUGGUAUUCAUAAUUUGAAAAAGUUGACUGUUAAAGGGCCAAUAAAGCGUUAUGAUUGGAGUCGAUUCAUACCCUUCAAUUCACUUGAAAAUCUUAAGUUGCAUGAUAGAGGAGCUAAUAGCUUAACACAACUUCCUCGACAUUUUGAGCUCCUCAUUGCUUUAAGAUCGUUGUAUAUUGAGAGGUUUAAUGACAUUGAAUCUUUGCCAGAAUAG